UGAAAUUUUGUUUACGCAGCCGUAGUUUUGACUCCGCCCACACUGCUUUCGUAACACGGAGGCCAGUGAUGCCGGUUGAAACCUGUGUUUGGGCCUGAGGGGAUCGGGCGGCAGCAUGUCCAACACCAGGAAGCGGAAAAGGACUACUGGAAUGGUGCAGAGAUUCUUAUUUUUGAGUGAUGUUCAGGAUGUGGAGGCAACCUGCAAGAAAGCAAGUAGUCUUGCUAAGAAAUUUACACCUUCAAUUGCAAAAUCGUGGAAUCAGUGUGGCGAAGGUUUUCAAGAAGUUCCAUCAAUGGAAGGUAACAAGUCUACUGGAGAAGAGGAAAUGGUUGUAUGUGGCCUCACAUCUUUACUUCAUUCUGACAGAGCAGAUCCUGGCAAUCAGAGGUCUGAGGAAAUUGCAAAAAUCAUAUGGAGUUCCAGUGACAGUGAUUUAUCAGAUGGAGAGUUAAUGAUGAAUAAUUCAAGGGUUUUGAAGGAAAGAAGAUCUGUCCUGAAAGGCCAAAGUACAGUGAAUUCGUACCAUAAAUACAUUUGCAUGAUUAAUUCAUUAACAGACAGCCAGUCUAGUGAAGAAGACCUACCCAUUAUUGACUGGGACAGUUUGAGUGACAAAGAUACAACUUCUGACAAGGUAGAGUUCUUAGUCGAUCCCAACUGUAUCGAUUCAGAUACAUCAAAUAGCCAUAAUGGGGGCAACAGAAACAAUGUAACUCGGCAGUCAGAAUCAUCAAUGACAGCAGAAGAUAUUUUGGAGUUUUCAUCUGAUGACGAAAGCAUAAAAGAACGUGAAUGGUGCACAAAGCCCAUUCCAUCUACUUCUGCACAAUCACCUACAGCUAAUUGUGGAUCAGAACACGACAAGACCAUGAGAUCAGCAAGCAAUUGGUUGAAAAGUGCACAAGCAUUUCUACAGACGCCUGAGAAACAAAAGAGAAAACAAUUCAAAACUCCAGAAGAUUCUGCCAAAAAGAGAAAGAAAUUUAUGAGAGCAAAGAUGCCUCCAUUACAAGCUUGUAGAGAGACGAAAAAUCAGAUUUCCAGGGGAGGGCUAGCAGAAAGAUUAAGCAGACUACAAUGCCGAGAAAGAUCUGCCAUCAACUUUUGGAGACAUCAGUCUCUAGCUGAUUUACAAACUCACACAGGUCGGAAAGAUGAUAUUUUGAUGGUGAAAGUUUUGGAUUUGCAUGAAGAAUGUUCAAUGUUUGUAGCUUUGUGUCAGCCAUUGAGGGGAACCUCUACAGACUAUGCUAAUGAAAAUGAUGGAUGCACCAUUAAAGCACCACUCAAGGUUUUAUUCACAGGAGAAACAGCAUUACCCCUUGGGAUCUGUGCAGGUGAUACUGUUCACAUCUAUCCGCCAUGGCAAAAGCUUGAUAUCCAGGAUGAAAAUACUUGUGCUAUUUUAUGUACUUACUUCAGUCAGAAGAUGAUUACUGGAACAAAACCGGAUUAUUGCUGUCCAGGAAAAUCAAUGGUGUUCAGGAAAGCUCCAGUGUCUUUAACUGUGAAAUUUAACCUUACUGAUUCAGGUCAAAAACAUUAUUCAGUUGAUCAGCAGAAUAUGACAAUAAGGAAUGCCGGAAGUCUAUUCCCGAUCCCACAGGAGGAGGUAAUGAAAGUGUUGGACUUUGAGCAUCGUUUGUCAGCUACCAGUGUAUGUGAUUCACUUCUCGAAGUAAUUGAAAGCCAGGGAGCAGCAGGAUGGGCAAAGCAAAAUCUGAAAGUCGUUAUACAGAGAGUGUACUGUCUUCCUACUAAAGAAGUUCUUCACAAUCAAUUGACCAGAAACAACCAACAAGAUCAUCCUCUACCUUCAAAUGUAGGUCAACAAAAUUCAAGGUUAUGUUUUCUAGUGCAAGACAUGUAUGGUUUGUUUGGUGAAGUUCAUCAUCAUACAUUCUGCUCAUUGGAAGAGGACUUGCAGGUGCAAAAUGCCUGCUGGGAAGGAAAGGCAUGCUACCUAACGGGAAUGAAGGUUCUACAGAGAACAACAAGAGGGAGGUCUUCAGGACUGUUCAGUCUGAUUGAUAGUCUUUGGCCUCCAUUGAUUUCUCCAAAGGUCCAUGGCCAAAGCCAAGGCAGCCAAGAGCUCAUAGAUUUGACCACUGAUGUACAAUUGCCUGCUCCAAGUUUUUGCUAUGUUCUUGCACCUCUUCCAGGGGAGGGGGGAAUAAAUGUGCUUCAGGAUGAAAAUGUCUCUAACCUCUACCGGCCUUCAGCAUUGCACAAUUUAAAGCAUAUUCUUCAGCAUAUUCCUCAAAGAAAUCGAUGUAGUUUCAAUGCAGAAGUCAUUUACACCAGGUUCCAGGAGCAAACUAUCAAUCAUGAAAAAAGUAAGGACUUUUGGCUGUUUGUGAUAGAUUCAUCACUGCAGUCUGCAGGUCACGAUCCUGGAUUAUCUAAAACACUCUCAGUCUAUGUUACCUCAAGUUGCAUUGUCGGGCCUGAAGUUAUGAAAUCACUGAAUGAUGAAACAUCCAGCAACAUUUCCUUCAAGGAUGCCAUUGUCGAGAAAGGCUGUAUUGUGUGUGUUGAGGGUACUGUACUUUCAGUCAACAAAUUGGUGUUGCAAAGUGAUGAAAAUCAGAAAAUCUCUUCAUUGACUGGAAACAUUGUCCUUAAUGAACUCAGUGCUAUGACCAAAGUAAAUUCUUUGUGUACAGUCCAAGGGACUGUUGUUGGUGUUGAUGAGGCUAAUGCUUUUUCAUGGAUAGUUUGCAACAGAUGUGGAAAUGGAAAACUGGAAAAGAAGCAUGGAGAAGGUGAAUCAUUUUACUGCCGUCAAUGUGCCCAGUCUGUGAUGACACCCCUUACAAAAAUGCAGUUGGAAGUGUUUCUGCGGUAUCCAGACCUGCCCCAUAGUACUGUAAAAAUCAAGCUUCUAGAACCAAGCAUUUCAUCUCUUCUGCUGCAUUCAUCCAGUGAUGAAGGGGGCUAUGAGGUGGACGGUGUACUUGGCCAGGAGUUGGGACCUCUCAGCUGCUACGUCCGCUCUGUAACAAAUCAGCCAGCAAGCUGGAUUGGACUAGAGGAAGUUAGUCUGCUACACCCUCAGCAAAAGUGAAAUUCUCAAUCAUCACUUGUAGCAUUGAUGGUUACAACUGCAUAUUUUAAAGUUUAUGAUGCGAAAUAUCUAUUUCAUUAAAUAUUUAUAAAUGCUGCAUUGUAAUUAAAAUUAUUUUGGAUGGCUUGUGUGUAAAAUUCCUUUAAAAUUUAUAUUUAAUUAUUUGCAGAAUAAAAAAAAAUAACUGUUAUUCAAACUUAA